AUGUCUUCUUCCGUGCUGCGCUCGCAAGCCGUACGCGCCCUCGCGGCCUCAUCGCGCGCCUCUCCUUUUGCCGCCGCUCGCGCGGUGCAUCCAAUUUCACGCAGAUAUGCCACCACACCCGACCCAACACACCCCACAGAUGCGCCGAAGCCGUCUGAUGUACCAACACCGCAGGGCGGAAACAACGCGUUAAUGUGGCUGGCAGGGGCAACCGCUCUGGGUGUCGGUGGAUGGUACUACCUGCGCGAAGAUGGGCAGGAUAUCCAUGCCAAGCGCAAGGCAGAUCAGGAAGCAGCCGUGGCGAAAGCAAAGGAGUUGAACGAAUUGGGGAAGCGAACUGCUCAUGAUGUAGUUCGUGAAGGUGAGAAAGGAUACGCCGACCUCAAGGCCUCCGGAAAGGACAAGCUAGACGAUGUCCGCAGCCGAGCAAACGACACUCAGUCUGCUGUAGAGAGGCAGUAUGAUGCCGCAAAAUCAUCUGUGUCGAAUACGUACAACGCCGCAGCACACACUGUCGGAGACGCCGAAGCACGCGCUAAGGCGACAUACGACGAUGCGAAGCAAAGGGCGGAACAAACGACACAAAGUUGGGGCGCAUGGUUUGGAAGUUGGUUUGGUUUAGGGAGGCAGAAGGCAGAGGACGCAGAGCGAAAGACUGCACUAGAGGUCGCGUCCGGCGCCUCGAAGGUGCAAAAGGAGGCUGAGAAGCGAGCCUAA